GUUCUGAGAGGGAGCAACAUAACACGGAUGGCUUGAUAUGAGUGGCACUCUGAGACCGCUAACGAGGAGGGGAGGGCAAAGGGCAGCCGGGGGCAAGAGGAAGCAGGAUGGGACCAACAAGGGGCAACGAAUUGAAAGCAGUGAAAAUGACAAGCUGAGUUCCCCCAAAGAGCGAUCAAAGGGGAAAAGAAGAGUAAGUGUGGAAUACGAGCAGGCAGCAAGUCAGACAGUAGAUAAAAGGCCCAAAUGGGAACCAAAGAACUGGGUGCAACAUCUGGAGAACAUACGGCAGAUGAGAAGCAAAAGGGAUGCUCCGGUGGAUCAGAUGGGAGCGGAGAAGUGCUAUGAUCAGAAUGCUGCCCCAGAGGUAAUGAGGUACCAGAUCCUUCUGUCGCUCAUGCUCUCCAGUCAGACAAAAGAUCAGGUGACCUCGGCCGCCAUGUGCAGACUGCGCGAGCACGGACUGACAGUUGCCAGGGUACUGGAGACUGAUGAUGCAACCCUUGGGAAGCUGAUCUACCCGGUGGGGUUUUGGAAGAGCAAAGUCAAGUACAUCAAGCAGACGACUGAGAUCCUACAAGAGCAAUAUGGAGGAGAUAUUCCUGAUAAUGUCGCCGACCUAGUGAAAUUACCUGGCGUAGGACCCAAAAUGGCUCAUCUGGUUAUGGACAUUGCCUGGAACAACGUAUCUGGGAUUGGAGUGGACACACACGUGCAUCGUAUUUCCAACCGGCUGAAGUGGGUAAAAAAGGAAACUAAGAACCCGGAAGAGACUCGGGUGGCCAUGGAAGACUGGAUGCCUAGGGAAAUAUGGAGUGAGAUAAACUGGCUGCUAGUAGGGUUUGGGCAGCAAGUCUGCCUCCCUGUGUCUCCCCGGUGCUCUGAAUGUCUCAACAAGAGCAUCUGUCCAGGAGCAAAAAAGAAAAAGCCAAGAUAGAGCUGAGUGUGGAGUCCGAGAGCUUCAGUUGACUGAGAUACCGAACCUGGAAGGUGCUGGGCCCACCUGAACAUAGCAGCAACCAACCUUCCUAUGGAAGAGAUCACAAGCUGUAGAUAAAAAGUGGCCCGUUUGAAGGCCAAAAUGACUUUUGGGGAACAAAAAUAGCCCACACAUUUUGUACGGUAUUUCAUAAAACCCCAUUACAAUCUAUUGGGAAGUUAUCAAGUUGUAGUAUGGUAAUAUAUUAGCAUUUGCUAAAUGUGGGCGGAAAACUUACACUGCUUUCAU